UUCAGAUUAAAACCACAAUGAAGGUCCGAAUUCUCCUUAUAGGCUUAUAUGCACUCAUUACAGUCACUUUCAUUUAUGCUCAAACUUUAGCUGAACUAUCAGUAAACCCUUGUUCCCAGAAGGCAUCAUGUGGAGAAUGUGUUGCAGCAGGAGGAGUGUGUGGUUGGUGCAAGCAAGAUAAUUUUGAUGAAGGAAACAAAGAAAGAUGUGAUAAAGUGGAGAACCUGAUCAAGGUUGGAUGUGACUAUAGCAACAUAAUCAACCCAGACCAUGACAUGAGUUUUGUUAAGAACGAUGAAGUGAGAAAUGCUGAAGGAUCUGACGAUGCAGUUCAGCUUCAACCUCAGGAAAUCAAAAUCAAACUUAGACCAAACAAGCCUUAUACAUUUAAAACUGUAUUCAGGCAAGCUGAGAACUACCCAGUAGAUUUGUAUUAUCUUAUGGACCUGUCAUUCUCUAUGAAAGAUGACAAGGCCAAGUUAGCUGCCCUUGGAGUAUUAUUAGCUGACUCAAUGAAGAACAUCACCAGCAAUUUCCGUAUUGGGUUUGGAUCAUUUGUUGAUAAGAAAGCAAUGCCAUACGUCAGCACUCUGCCGAGGAAGCUCGCAAACCCCUGUCAAGCAGGGGAGGAUUGUGUGUCCCCAUAUGGCUUUAAAAAUCAGCUGCCACUCGAUGAUGACCCUCGAGAGUUUGAAAGCCGUGUAAAAGCUGCUAAAGUGUCUGGUAACUUGGAUUCCCCUGAGGGAGGUUUUGACGCCAUCAUGCAGACCAUCACAUGUGAGACUAAGAUUGGAUGGAGACCCAACUCCAGAAAAAUGCUGCUGUUUUCUACUGAUGCAGGUUUUCACUAUGCUGGUGAUGGAAAGUUGGCAGGUAUAGUUGCCCCUAAUGAUGGCCAAUGUCACUUGGAUAGCACUGGAGAGUAUGACAAAAGUUUAGAGCUGGAUUAUCCUUCAGUGAGCCAGAUUACAAACAUGAUCAACGAUAAGAAAGUUAAUGUAAUUUUUGCCGUCACUAAAACUGUACUUGACACCUACAAAUCCUUGAGUGAUGUCAUAAAGGGAUCAUCUGCUGGAGAAUUGGCAAAUGAUUCUUCUAACGUUGUCGAUCUUGUGAAAGACAAUUAUAAUAAAAUCACCUCUGGUAUUGAGCUUCAGACACAAUCAGCAGAGAAUGUCACUGUCACAUUUAAAUCAAAAUGCUUUGAUAACGAGACAAGAACUCGAAGUAGAUGUGAGGGUCUGAAGAUAGGUGGCAGUGUAGAGUUUGAGGUUACCGUCAAUGUGGAUGGAUGUCCUAAAAAUCGCAAUGAAUGGAAAAGGUCUUUGUAUAUUACACCAGUGGGUGUUAAUGAGAGGUUGAAGAUAGACUUGGAUCUAAUGUGUGAAUGUGACUGUGAGAUAGAAGGAGUUGGGGUACCUAACAGUGUACAUUGCAACUCUAGUGGUACAUUUGAGUGUGGCGCAUGUUCUUGUAACCCUGGUCGCUAUGGCAAGAAGUGUGAAUGUGAUGGUUCAGAUCUUACUAAUGAUGACUAUGAUGCUGCAUGUAGGAAAACCAACACAAGUUCAGUGUGUGAGGGGAAAGGACAAUGUAUCUGUGGCCAGUGUGACUGUAAUCCAAGAUCUAAACUGAAGCCAAAUGAGAAAUACAGUGGCAACUUCUGUGAUUGUGAUAACUAUUCAUGUGAUUAUGACAUCGAGGGAAAAUUAUGUGGAGGGGAAGAGAAAGGCAGAUGUGAAUGUGGAACAUGUAUGUGCAAUGAUGGCUUCAAAGGUUCAGACUGUGGAUGUGCAGUUAGUGAUGAAACGUGUAGAGCUUCAAAUGGGGAAAUUUGUAAUGGUAAAGGCACGUGUGAAUGUGGCAGGUGCACAUGUAAUAAGGAAAACUAUCGAGGUGUCACCUGUGAGGAUUGUCCAACAUGCCCAGGUAAAUGUGAAGUGAAUAAGGCAUGUGUCCAGUGCAAGUUGUUUGGCACUGGAGACAAGACACAGGAUGAGUGCGAUGCUAACUGCACACAUGUAAGAGGCGAAGAAACUGCCCCAGAUGAUGCUGAUCACCGCACCUGUCAAUUCAAGGAUGACGAUGAUUGUAUAUUCUAUUUCUCAUAUGAAUAUGAUGGACCAAAUGUCAUUGCUCAGAACACUAAAAAAUGCCCCGAAGAAGUUGAUAUAUUAAUUAUAGUCUUAGCUGUAAUUGGUGGAAUUGUUGCAGUAGGCCUUGCGCUUCUCCUUAUAUGGAAAUUAUUUACAACAAUCAAUGACAGACGAGAGUUUGCCAAGUUUGAAAAGGAAAAACAGAAUGCUAAAUGGGAUGCUGGUGAAAAUCCCAUUUACAAGCAAGCCACUUCAACGUUCAAGAACCCAACCUAUGGAGGACAGUCUUAGAAGUACAACCAGAAGGGACCAAUAUCCGCCUCACAUUGAAGCUCAUAUGUUCAUAAGUUUACAUGUCCUUAAGCUUGUAUGUUCAUAUGUUAUGGACUCAGAUAGUGUUUUCACCUAAUACUCUCAAAUACCACAUGUCACCUGAAAGUUCUUAAACUGUCAAUCGAAAGUUCUUAUUUUCCUUAUCUAUUGGAAAAAUUAUUACAAAGUUGUGUAAUGUUUGAGCUGAGAGACUUUACAAAGGGUUUUGUAUGCUGAAUUGUGAAGUUCUUCAUUUUUUAUUUUGUUUUAUCAAUGGUGAAUUAUCAAUAUCAAUAUUAGUGAUUUGUGAUAUUAUCUUUCUGUACCACUUUGUUUUAACAUACAAACAGAUGAUUUUACACAAGAGUUUCUCAUUUUAGGUAAAUCUGAUUUGAAUUAGUCAAUUUGAGAUCACCAAAUGGAAAAUGUAUGGUGAUAUUUUAGUUAAGUCCAUCACGAAUUCAGUCUAUGGAUACUUUAUACAUACUAGGAUAUAUUUAUCAGACAUUGUAGGACACGCAGAUGACGUUGAUGCGAAUACACAGUCCUAAUGUAAUCUGUGUAAAAUGGCAAGAAAUGUCUUGCCAUUCAAAUGCUAUCUCUUACCUAGGUGAGGAUUGAAGGCUUUAAUAUUCUAUACAAUGGGAACUUCUGGUUCCUAAUCUAAUGAAGAGAGUCAUUAAUAUUUGAGGAAGAGGUUUUAUGAAAUAUUAUUUGGCAUAGAGUGAUGAGAAGGAAAUGAGACUAACACUAAUCCAGUUAGUGAAAUUGACAAUGUUUCGGAACUGAUAUUUGGUACCAUUUUGCACUUUGGUACCAUUUUGCACUUAUAAUAUUUGGUUCCAUUUUGCACUUGUAAUAUACAAAGAGAUUUAGUACUGAAUAAGAUCAUGGGAUUUUUUCUACUUAAGUGUUUUAUCAAAACCUACAGCAUUCAUUAAGUGCUGAAAUAAAGUACCAAAUUGGAAUUAACUAUGUUUAAAUUGCCAUUGUAUCGUACAGGAACAGAAAUGUUUUGUAUGAGGAGACCCAUGAAUCUUAAAUGUGAUAAGAAGUCAAAUAUGGUGCUUUAUAUUUACACAAAUCACAGUAUAUGUGCAAUGAUGGCAUUGUUUCAAAAGCACUAAAUAUACAGUAUGUAGGCUACAUGUAGUUCUCAAUAUACAAUCAUGAUAUAGAACUGAAGAGUUUUUUCAAUUCUGGAUUUCAUGCUUUUCAUCACAAGUUUAUGAAUACAAAUCAUCAGACACACUUCAUACUAUAUUAACUAAACUAAAGGUUCAGGUGAAGGUCAGUAUAUUGCCAAUAUUGCCACAUUUUGGCCAAAGAU